GGUCGAAUUUAAGAAACUUUAAGAAGGAACAUCUCUAAAUCUGUCGAUCCUAUUGUCAUUCUGAAUGCAGUCGUUCACACCGCUUCCCCAAAUGACUGAACACCCUGUUUAUACAUUAUUUACUUGAAAAGAUCCUGAAAACGUACAUAUGAUGUUUUUGUGCUAUCUGGGUAAGCGAAAUCCUGGAGAGUAUCAGUGAACGUAGGAUAAUGCUAUCUUGAAAGAAAGCAAGUAAGGCCGAUCAAAAAUUGUUUUUGCAAAAUCUUGUUUCCAGGCGAGGCAUUCAAGCAAAAGAAGAAGGAAAUUAAGGGAUGUGUACGGUGACCAAGAAAUUUCUUAUUGCGUAACCAACAUCUCCAUUAUAAUGUUUUAUUCUGUGUGAAAGGCAAAUUGAAGACGUACGUCAACCACAGGAUGAGGGUGCAAACCUGGUCGAAAUGCGCAUGCUCGUAGAAACGGCGCGUAUUUAAGGGCUGAACCCUUGCAAAUCUCACCACUAUCAUCGUACCCUUGCUUCUCACUGCUGUUACACGUAAACCGACAUCGUUUCCACGCGUUUAUCUCUCGUUACGAGAAAUCUAGUGUGCCCAUCAACAAGGAACAUCCUUCUCGUCGUCGCCGUCGUCAGCUUCGCCGCUUCUAAAACCUUUGAGGGACACUAUCUACGUUUACGUUUUGUAAAAAGGCAACAGGUGAGAUGAGUUCAACAGUAAUGAUCUUCUUCUUGGUAAUGACCAUGGCGGUCUUCUACAACGUAUCUGCAGCUUUACCCACCCAAUGUAGCCCUGGAUUCCUCGACGACCUUCCACCAAGGAUUCGCAAAGUUUGCGCCGCCUUAUCCAGGAUAUACGAACUUGGUUCCGAGAUGGAAAGCUAUAUUGAUGAUAAAGAAAAUCACAUAACAGGAUUCCAUGAGAGUAUCCCAUUGUUGGAUAGCGGCGUUAAAAGACAGGAUGUUGAUCAUGUUUUCUUACGCUUUGGAAAACGUGCUUAGACGUCAGGACGAAUUAUGCUUAAUGAUCAGAAGAAUUGAACAGUUCCAGUUUCAUCAAUUGAUUGCCUCGUUAGUCAGCUACGAAAAGAUGCCUUUGUAUCCGUUUUAAGAUUGUCACAUAACGUGAAAGUGUAUUGCUUAAGUAGCGUCCUCUCAUUUCUUUCUUAUUAGCAGACGAUUAAAUUUAACACGCGGUACAAAGAACACGAAUAUCUAAUUAAUCGUCAAUUAUCGUUAAAAUGAUUCUUUCUUCUCCUUGCAAAUAAAUACUGUACUCAAAGCAGUAAUCAUCUGGACUGAUAAAUACUAUUUUCAUUUUUUUUUUUUUUAGGAUAUCUUUUUAAUAUCCCAUUUUUGAGGUACUUCAACAACGUGAAACUAACAGAAAAGGUUGCAUUUUUAAUAGUGAAUUUGAAACAUAAUACAAUGUCUGAUUCUUCAUCAGACUUGAUUCUUCCUAUGAUAUUAAUAUAAAUAUAGUUUAAAAUGAGAAAUUCUAAAUGAUAUAUAAUAAAAAUUA